CGGAAGCGCCGGCGCGCGCCCCCCGCCAGCCCUAGUUCUGUUCCGCUUCCUCGGGACGGGGUCUUGGAGAGAUCCUCGGACGCCGGCACCAUGUCCAGCAACAGCUUCGCCUACAACGAGCAGUCCGGAGGAGGGGAGGCGGCGGAGCUGGGGCAGGAGGCGACCGCGACCAUUUCCCCCGCGGGCGCCUUCGGCCUGUUCAGCAGCGAUUUGAAGAAGAAUGAAGAUCUAAAACAAAUGUUGGAGAGCAACAAAGAUUCUGCUAAAUUGGAUGCUAUGAAACGGAUUGUUGGGAUGAUUGCAAGAGGAAAGAAUGCAUCUGAGCUAUUUCCUGCUGUUGUGAAGAAUGUGGCUAGUAAAAAUAUUGAGAUCAAGAAGUUGGUGUAUGUUUACCUGGUCCGCUAUGCAGAGGAACAGCAGGACUUGGCACUCUUGUCCAUAAGCACUUUUCAGCGAGCCCUGAAGGACCCAAACCAAUUAAUCCGUGCAAGUGCUUUGAGGGUUCUCUCAAGUAUUAGAGUGCCGAUAAUCGUGCCUAUCAUGAUGCUCGCUAUUAAGGAAGCUUCUGCUGACUUAUCGCCAUAUGUCAGAAAGAAUGCAGCCCAUGCUAUACAGAAACUGUACAGUCUUGAUCCAGAACAGAAGGAAAUGUUAAUUGAAGUAAUUGAAAAACUUCUGAAAGAUAAAAGUACACUGGUAGCUGGCAGUGUUGUGAUGGCUUUUGAAGAAGUGUGCCCUGAUAGAAUUGAUUUGAUUCACAAGAAUUACCGCAAGCUAUGUAAUUUACUAGUUGAUGUGGAAGAGUGGGGGCAGGUGGUCAUAAUUCACAUGCUGACGCGAUAUGCUCGUAUGCAGUUUGUCAGCCCUUGGGAAGAGAAUGAUGGCCUAGAGCACAGUGAAAAGAAUUUCUAUGACUCUGAUGAUGAACAGAAGGAAAAUACUGACAGAAGGAAGAAGCCCUACACCAUGGAUCCAGACCACAGACUCUUAAUUAGAAACACAAAGCCCUUGCUUCAGAGCAGGAAUGCUGCAGUAGUUAUGGCAGUUGCUCAGCUGUAUUGGCACAUAUCCCCGAAGUCAGAAGCUGGCAUCAUUUCUAAAUCACUAGUACGUUUACUUCGUAGCAACAGGGAAGUGCAGUAUAUUGUCCUACAAAAUAUAGCAACUAUGUCAAUUCAGAGGAAGGGCAUGUUUGAACCUUACCUGAAGAGUUUCUAUGUUAGGUCAACUGAUCCAACUAUGAUCAAGACAUUGAAGCUUGAAAUUUUGACAAACUUAGCAAAUGAAGCCAACAUAUCAACUCUUCUUCGAGAAUUUCAGACCUAUGUGAAAAGCCAGGACAAACAGUUUGCAGCAGCCACUAUUCAGACGAUUGGCAGAUGUGCCACCAGCAUCUCGGAAGUCACGGACACCUGCCUCAAUGGCCUGGUCUGUCUGCUGUCUAACAGGGAUGAAAUAGUUGUUGCAGAAAGUGUGGUUGUUAUAAAAAAAUUACUGCAAAUGCAACCUGUACAACAUGGUGAAAUUAUUAAACAUAUGGCCAAACUCUUGGACAGUAUCACUGUUCCUGUGGCUAGAGCAAGUAUUCUUUGGCUAAUUGGAGAAAACUGUGAACGAGUUCCUAAAAUUGCCCCUGAUGUUUUGAGGAAGAUGGCCAAAAGCUUCACUAGUGAAGACGAUCUGGUAAAACUUCAGAUAUUAAAUCUGGGAGCCAAACUGUAUUUAACAAACUCCAAGCAGACAAAACUGCUUACCCAGUACAUAUUAAAUCUCGGCAAGUAUGAUCAGAACUAUGACAUCAGAGACCGCACAAGAUUUAUUAGGCAGCUUAUUGUUCCGAAUGAGAAGAGUGGAGCUUUAAGUAAAUAUGCCAAAAAAAUAUUCCUAGCACAAAAGCCUGCACCAGUGCUUGAGUCUCCUUUUAAAGAUAGGGAUCAUUUCCAGCUUGGCACCUUAUCUCAUACUCUCAACAUUAAAGCUUCUGGGUACCUAGAAUUAUCUAAUUGGCCAGAGGUAGCACCAGACCCAUCAGUUAGAAAUGUGGAAGUAAUAGAGUUGGCAAAAGAAUGGACCCCAGGAGGCAAAUCAAAGGAAGAAAAUCCUGCUAAGAAAUUUUACUCUGAAUCUGAGGAAGAGGAGGAGUCUUCUGUUAGUGGCAGUGACAGUGAGAGUGAAUCUGGAAGUGAGAGUGGGGAGGACAGGGCCAGCAGUGAGGACAGCAGCGAGGACAGCGAGGAUUCAUCCAGUGAGCAGGAGAGUGAAGAUGGGAGUGUGGCAGAAGCAGAGGGCAAAGCACCCACUAUGAAGAACUCAAAGACCAGAGGGAAAAGUGAUUCUGAAGAUGGGAAGGAGAAAAGUAAGAAAUCUAAAACUUCAGAUUCUUCUGAUGCUGAAUCUAGUUCAGUAGAAGAAACUUCUUCAGAGUCCGAAUCAGAAUCUGAAAAUGAGUCUGAAUCCAGAAAAGUCACUAAGGAGAAAGAAAAAAAACUAAACCAAGAAAGAACUUCUCUUACCAAAGAUGUUUCACUUCUAGACCUAGAUGACUUUAACCCUAUGUCCACUCCAGUUGCACAUCCCACACCAGUGCUUUCUCCAAGCUUGAUAGCUGAUCUUGAAGGCUUAAAUUUGUCAACUUCCUCAUCUGUCAUCAGUGUCAGUACACCUGUCUUUGUACCAAUGAAAACACACGUGCUGCUUCAUCGGAUGAGUGGAAAAGGACUGGCUGCCCAUUAUUUCUUUCCAAGACAGCCUUGCAUUUUCGGUGAGAAGAUGGUCUCUGUACAGAUUACAUUGAACAACACCUCUGACCGGAAGAUUGAAAACAUCCACAUAGGGGAAAAAAAACUUCCAGUGGGCAUGCAGAUGCAUACUUUUAACCCAAUAGAUUCUCUUGAGCCUGAGGGAUCCAUUACUGUUUCAAUGGGUAUUGACUUCUGUGAUUCUACACAGACUGCCACUUUCCAGUUGUGCACCAAGGAUGAUUGCUUCAGCGUUAAUAUUCAGCCACCUAUUGGAGAACUGCUGUUACCUGUGGCCAUGUCCGAGAAAGACUUUAAGAAAGAACAAGGUAUGCUGACAGGAAUGAAUGAAACCUCUGCCACAAUCAUCACCACACCACAGAACUUCACGUCCUCGGUUAUCCUCCGGAAGGUUGUGAAUGUAGCCAACAUGGGUGCAGUGCCUUCCGGCCAAGAUAAGAUACACAGGUUUGCAGCUAAAACUGUGCACAGUGGGUCAUUGAUGCUAGUCACAGUGGAACUGAAGGAAGGCUCCACAGCACAGCUUAUCAUAAACACUGAGAAAACCGUGAUUGGUUCUGUUCUACUGCGGGAGCUGAAGCCUGUCCUGUCCCAGGGGUAACCUGCUUACAUCUGGACUUCAGAAUCUGGCACACAACAAAAGUGCCUGGCAUCCACUACUGCUGCCUUUCAUUUAUAAUAAUAGCCCUUCCAUCUGGCAGUGGGGGAAGAAUACACUCUUGACAUUCUUGUCUCCUGCUUUAGAAUGCUAGUGUGUAUCCAUCAUGUAUGCAGCGCUUUCCCCCUUUUCGCUUUGCUAACCAAAGAACAUAUAUUUUACUGUCAGUUAUUUUAACUCUUGAAUCCAUGUGGCAUUUUCUCUGUCCUAUUUCUUUUGGCCUCCUCAUCUUCUUCUUUUUCAACAGUGAUAGACAUAAAUCAGAUAUUUAAAGUCCUUUGGAAAUCAUCUUUUCUUCAGCUGUAAGCCAGAAUUAGCAAACAAAUAGUGUAAAUGGCCUCUCAGCUUGGUAUACGAAAAUGAGAUCGCAUACUUCUUAGAUGCAAAAACAUGGGCUCUGCAAAAUUUUGUUCUUUGAAUUUCCUGAUAUUUGUGAUUAGUUAUUGACAACUGUCAUUGCGAAAUUAUCUCAACAUAAGAUAAAUAAAUUAGUAUAUGAAUAGCA